AUGGAGGGAGGAUCUUCGAUUGGGGCCUCGUCGGGGGUGGAGUCCACGGCCACUACAGAGGUGAUCUUAACCCAGGCGCAAGCAACGGCCCUGAUCAUGGAAGUUGUGCGCUAUGGAGGCAAGGUGGAGGUUGAGCGGCACGGCCUAUGGCGGGAGGUCGCCGCCACGGUCGGGCUUCCGUACCACAGCGACGCUGACGUAGAACGACUGCUGACGCAAGCCUCCACGCUGCGAGGGGCCGCCGGACCCACAUGGGAAGAAAGGGAGCGGGAGCGACAGAAGCCCAAGAAGGAACCAACAGCACUGGUGGCGGCGGUCACCGCCCCGCCGGCCGCGGCUCUCCCGACCCCAGUCUCGAUCCCGGUCGCCGUCGCAGAGAGCAUAAGCAACGAGAGCGGCGGCGAGCAGCCGGCGGCUCGUGUUGAGGCGCCGGCGAGCGUAGUCACAACAGAAGCGACGGACGGCACAGAGCCAGCGAGCAGGAACGCUGUUGUUGCGACACCCGCGGCGGAGACGACGACGGCACCCGUCGCCUUGGCAGUUGUUCCCACCGAGACCAUCGACGGUGGCGGCCAGACGAGCAAGACGACGGCCAAGGGGAAGGAGAAGGGAAACAACAAGACUGACACCGCGGCUGCGGCCGAGGCCGAGGCCGAAGAGGCCGGUGGCAACAACGCCAAGGAGAAGAAGCGAAAGAAGAAGAAAAAGGACGGCAAGGGCGCUGAGAGUGCUGAACCGGAGGAAAAGGGGGACGUGUUCACGGUGGAGAAGAUCGUGGGCAAGAGGAAGCGAAGGGGCAAAGUGGAGUACCUCAUAAAGUGGGAGGGAUAUCCGGAGGCCUCAAACACCUGGGAGAAGCAGGAAGACGUGUUUUGCACCGAGCUCAUUCAGGCGUUCGAGGCCGAUCUGCAGGCGAGGUCCGCGAAGCGCAAGCGGAAGUCGACGGGCGACGCCAAGCCCACCACCGCGGGAGGGGAAACAGAGAAGCCGCAGACAACGUCGGCUUCUUCGGUGUCCACCGCCGAUGACGACGAGCUUCUGAACCAACCGAACACAGAUGGAAUGGACCUGCAGGACACAAGCGAGGGCAUCGGUAGCCCAAAGGCUAAGAGGCCCAGGACGAGUACCGCGUCCGACACGAAGACUACUACCGAAGCAACCGAGGCCAAGGUGGGCUUUGACUUUGGCGACGAGCUCGAGAACAUCCUGGGCAUACAACGAUCCAAGGACGGCUUUCUCUGCGCUUACGUCUCUUGGCUGGGGAAGGACGAUUGCUCCUACGUGCCCACGCAAUUGAUCGCCCUCAAGUCGCCACAAAAGCUCAUCGCCUUCUACGAGUCGCACAUCCAGUUCGACACCAGGCAGUAG